GGUAAAAAUAGGCAAUGGCCGACAAAUAUCGGGAAGGUUGACUUCGUUAAUAUCUCCGCAAAAAAUGACAACAGAAGGAACGUCAGCUGACGCUUUUCCUGACCUUAUAUCAGCUGCUCUACAUGGAGCAGGAAUUUCAGGCGAUGACUUAGCUUUUGACUUUAGCGAAUUCGAUGAUGGAACUGCUGACCCUAACCAAAAUGAUGCAUAUUUUUUGGAGGAUCAAUCUCAAGUGUUGGAUACACCUGAAAAUCAAACAGUGCAGCUUUCUGCUGACCCAACAUUACAUGGUGUGGGGUCAACAAACUUGCUCCAUUAUUCGAACCAUACACAGAAGUACAGUGUACAGCCAGCUGCACAAUCUAACCAGCCAAUGACUAUAAUUAACCCACCACACAUUCGGCCGCAGCAGUCUGUUGUGACCACGUCACAGUUUGUUUCAAGCCAGUUGCAGCAGAGUGCUGCUCCUCAAGGCGUGCAGUCUUUUAGGAUAAUAAGGACUCCAACCUCAGUAGUGAGGACACAGUCCGUAAAGCCUACUUUUCAACAACAGAAGAUUCUAACAGAAUCAGUACCAGUGAGUGAAGCAAGUCUUGGAAUUUCAGCUAUGGAUGGCAGAACAACCAGGAAUAUCAUUAGGAUUCCUGCUGCUUCACUUGGCAAUGGCAUGUCUCAGGGGCAGGUUUUAAAGGUAACGACUCGUGGAAACAAGCCUGUUAGUACAGAGGAUAUCACAAAAAUUGUCACCUCCUUGCCCAACUUAAGAAAUGGCUCGAGAAUAAUAGUAAACACAACACCAGGUCCUGGAGGAGAAGGCAAAGCCACAAUUCAUGUAGUAACCAGACCGCCGACACCACCGGUUCAACAACUGCCUCCUGUCAUGUUCACACCCCAGACUGUUAACAAGAACUCUCUCAUUAUGCCCAAUCCAAUUAUUAGCACCCUGAAGAGUCACUGCUUGCACAAUCCAUCCAGUCUCAUUUCCCCUGGAACAGCUACCACCAAAAUUUCAAAGCUACCCUUCACACCAUCUCAGAGAAACAGUAUUAAUGGGACUAUUGGGACUAUGGGCUCUCUGCCUACCAUACAGACACCUAUGAUCAACAUUCCAACAGUGGCAGACUUGGCCAAUGUUGGCCAUAUGAGAAUGUCAAUGUCCAGUAAAGAUCUCAGCAAUCUGACUAAACCUUGGAAUGAGCCUAGCAUAAUCAGGAGAGUAAGCAGUGCACAGAAUUUGCAGCGUAGUAUGAGUCAAAUCCCACAAGUACCACGGGAUGAGGAAGAGAUAGAAGAGGAAGUUGAAGAACUGGGACAUGCAGAAACAUAUGCUGUAUAUAAGCCUAGCAAAUUAAACUUUGGCAAAAAGCACCCUGACCCUGUAGUGGAGACCAGCUCAUUGUCAAGUGUGGAAUCCCCAGAUGUCAAGUAUCAAUUACGUAUUCUGGAUGAGGGUGUUGAUGAUGAUGGCAAGCUAUCUGCCCUUCAGCUGGAAGCCAUAACAUAUGCUUGCCAGAGGCAUGAAACUAUAUUGCCAUGUGGGCAGAGAGCUGGCUUUCUUGUUGGUGAUGGUGCUGGUGUGGGUAAAGGCAGAACAAUUGCUGGCAUCAUCUUUGAAAACUAUUUGAAGAGGAGAAAAAGGGCACUUUGGCUGAGUGUUUCUAAUGAUUUAAAAGUGGAUGCAGAGAGAGAUCUUCGAGACAUUGGAGCUCACCACAUAGAGGUUUAUCCAUUGAACAAAUUUAAAUACUAUUCCAAGCUGUCCUCUAAAGAAAAUGGCUGCAAGAAGGGCGUCAUUUUUGCUACUUACUCCUCUCUGAUUGGUGAAAGUCAGGCAGAAGGCAAAUACAACACCCGCAUGAAACAGUUGCUCAAGUGGUUUGGUAGCAACUUUGAUGGUGUGAUUAUAUUUGAUGAAUGUCACAAAGCGAAGAAUCUUUGUCCCACUGGUUCUAGCAAACCCACCAAAACUGGCCAGACUGUUUUGGAACUUCAGAACCGCUUGCCGCUAGCUCGAGUGAUAUAUGCCUCAGCUACAGGAGCUUCGGAGCCUAAGAACAUGGCGUACAUGACUAGGCUUGGCUUGUGGGGGAAAGGGACACCAUUUAAUGAGUUCAAUGAUUUCAUCCAGGCUGUGGAAAGAAGGGGUGUUGGUGCUAUGGAGUUGGUGGCCAUGGAUGCUAAGCUCAGAGGAAUGUACAUUGCCAGACAACUAAGUUUUCAUGGUGUUACUUUUAGAAUUGAUGAGAUUCCCUUGGAGAAGGAUUUCAUCAAAGUUUACAACUUGGCAGUGGAAAUGUGGGUGGAAGCCAGAGAAAUGUUCCAAAAGGCAGCUGAAUUAAUUGAAGCAGAGCAUCGCAUGAAAAAAAGUAUGUGGGGUCAGUUUUGGUCUGCUCACCAAAGGUUCUUCAAAUAUCUGUGUAUCUCAUCAAAAGUGAACCACUGUGUAGAGCUGGCCAGGGACGCUGUGAAAAAUGGAAAGUGUGUGGUGAUUGGCCUCCAGUCUACUGGUGAGGCCAGAACUAUGGAGCAAGUGGAGGAAGCUGGAGGAGAUCUCACAGACUUUGUCUCCACUGCCAAAGGAGUGUUCCAGUCUCUGGUAGAGCGACAUUUCCCAGCAUCCACCAGGGGCAGAGCCAUGGACAUUAUUAAACAGGUCAGCAACAGUCACAAACAGAGAGACUCUCCAAACAGUUGGAAGAAAAAUAAAGAUUCAGAUGAGCCUCCAAGCAAAAGGCAGAAGAGAGGCGAUGAUAGCAGUGAUCCAGAAAGCAAUGAAUCAUCUUCUGAUAUCAGUGACAUUGACUUUAUGUCAUCCUCUGAGAGUGAAUCUGAUAGUGAUGGUGAAGAACGCAAUCCAUUUGCCAAUGGUUGGGACAGUGAUGAUGAUGAUCCUUGGUGUCAGAAGAAGAAGAAGAAAAAAGAAAGCACCAAGAAAAAAAAGAAAGAGAAGAAAAAGAAAAAAGACAAGAAUUCUAAGAAAGACAGUGAUGAUGAAGAUGCUGAGUUUGACAAGGCCCUGGCCAAAGCUGGUCUAUUGAAUAAAAGUAAAUCAGUCAGCAGCUCCCUCAAUGGACACUCUGACAACUGGGAGAAGGCCAGUGCAAUGAAAUCUGAACUUCUGGCUCGUAUUGAAUAUUUGGGCGAGAAACUUCCACCCAACACCUUGGAUCAGCUCAUUGAUGAACUUGGUGGUCCUGAAAAUGUGGCUGAGAUGACAGGGCGAAAGUCUCGGGUCGUGUCCACCAAUGAUGGUGUUCAAUUUGAGUCAAGAUCUGAAUCAGAUGUUUCUCUUGAGAUCUUAAACUUGACAGAAAAACAGAGAUUUAUGGAUGGUGAAAAGUUCAUUGCAAUUAUUUCUGAGGCAGCCAGCUCGGGUAUUUCCCUGCAGGCAGAUAGGAGGGCUGUGAACCAGAGAAGAAGAGUUCACAUCACCUUAGAGUUGCCCUGGAGUGCAGACAGAGCUAUCCAACAGUUUGGUCGAUCACACAGAUCCAAUCAGGUUAGUGCCCCUGAAUAUGUGUUCCUCAUUUCCGAGUUAGCUGGAGAAAGAAGGUUUGCUUCCACUGUGGCAAAACGUUUAGAAAGUUUGGGUGCCUUGACUCAUGGUGAUCGUCGUGCUACUGAGACCAGAGAUUUGAGCAGGUUCAACAUAGAUAAUAAGUAUGGUCGAAUGGCUCUGGAGACUGUAAUGAAAUCAGUUCUGGACAUUCAGUCAGACAUUCAGCCAGUACCUCCACCUAAAACAUAUCAAGGGGAUUUUUUCAAAGAUGUGAAAGAAAGUUUAGUGGGUGUUGGUAUGAUCAACUUGGAUGAAAAGACUGGAGUUGCUACAUUGGAGAAAGAUUUCAACAACAUUUCAAAGUUCUUGAAUCGUAUCCUGGGUAUGAAGGUGGCAGUACAGAAUGCCUUGUUCAAGUACUUUACAGAGACCUUGACCUCCAUCAUCCUUGAAGCCAAACGCAAUGGAAGAUGGGAUAUGGGCAUUAUGGACUUGGGCUCUGGUCAGGAAAAAGUUGCCAAGAUAGAAACAAUUGUGUUUGUAGGCAACACUGAAACUAACACAGCCAAGACUGAACUGACCAAGUUUGCUGUCGAAAGGGGCAUGCCCUGGAGUUCUGCCAUUGAAUUGUGGAGGCGAUGUCAGUCUAUGGAUGAGGGCUUUUAUUGUUCAUUACAGGACCGAAUGACCAAGAAGACUGUGGUGCUGGUUGUGAUCCAUGGCAAGAAUAAGAAGAAAGAGCUGAUGUUCAAUGUGUACAGAGCCAACACUGGACUGCAGACCAGGCCAGAGACACUGGAAGAGAUCAAAAAGAAGUAUAAGAAGUGCCUGCCUGAUGUGGCCCAACCCUUGUGGGAGGAUCAGUACAUUGUGUCUGAAACAUGCUGCAGUCACAAGUAUUUGCGCGGCAAUUGUCGAAAGGCAGCUACAGGUCAGCAGUGUGAUUUCGGUUUGCGCACACGUUUUUAUUAUGUCUUGAGUGGCUCUGUGCUGAGUGUGUGGAGCAAAGUUGAGAGUGUGUUGGUCGGACUUAGUGCCACCUCGCGAAUGCAGAUCAUUCGUCUGAGAACUGAGGACAACCAAAGAAUAGUUGGGAGUCUGAUACCGCAGAAUGCUGUCCAGGCUUUGGAAAGAUCUCUGAGCCAGGACUCUGCCAAAACCUACACAGAGAAGCACAACAACCCCUUCAAUUACCAGCCUUACAUUCCAGGGAUCAACAACAGCCACUACAACAUCAACAGGAACACUCUUGGCAGCAACAGCUACAGUCGGUCUCUGAUGCCAUCCCUGUCCUCUGGUCUCAGUGACAGCACCAGCACUGCCAACAGCAGCAUUAAUGGGGGUGAGCCCACCCUCCCCCCUGAGGAAAGUGAGCCUCAGGAACUGCUCAGUAUGCCCACUUUAGUUUGGUGAUUUUAUGUUUUUUUUUUUUUUUUUUUUUGGUACAUUAUGCUAAUCUUUAAUUAGAGAUACCUUUUGUCUGGCCCCCCCAUUUCACUCUCAGCUGUACUAAGCCAAUGAGCUUAGACAUUCUGAAUAGUUCCUCUGAAUGGAAUGUUCAAUCUGUUUAAGGAAUGCUUAACAGAUUACAUUUUUGUACUGAAAUAUUUAUUUAUUCAAAUAGUUCUAACUAUAAUUAUUUUUUUUUAAAUGAAUAGAUAUGGUUAUUUUAGAAGUAUAUAUAUAAAACUAUGGAAUAAGGUCAUUUACAACUUAAACUGGAGUUCUUAUAUUUGACAGAGAAAUUCUGAGUGUAUGCAGCUUAAUAUUAUUCUCAUAGGUUGUUUGGGGACAAUAUUAACUUAAAACAAUUUAGUUUUUUGAUUCUUUGCUCACUCUAAAAAUAUUAUCAAAAGUAAAAUUUCCUUUAUUUUUCUUUGUCUUAAGACCUCUUGAGUUUUGAAAUCCAGUAUCUAUAGUAAAACACCAAUUGUCUUUCAAACAGAUGAGCAUUACUUUAGCUAAGCAGCAGCUUUAUCCCACGAUAGACAUUGAUGAAACAAAUAACUGAAACAUUUCACAAUCCCCCCCAAAAAUACAUAUAUAAUCCAUUUUGUGGCCAUUUGACAUUUGAAGGAUAUAAUUAGCUCAUUGAGUUUUGAUUGUUGAGGCACUGCAAGUCUUUGUUGUUGUCAAUUUUAAUUUAGAGAAACCAAAAAAAAAAUAUUUUCAUGUAAAAAAAAAUUGAGAUUAUUCUAAACAUGUUUCUGUUGUCAAGUUUUAGAAGGUUGUGGUAUGAAACAUUUUUUGCUGCCUUGAUUUUAAAUCUUCAGACAUGACCCAUUCUGGCAAAUAUUGAGUCCCAUGGUUUAAGCUUUUGAGAUACUUUGAAAUAGGGAUAGUUAAUGCUCUUUGUAUCAAUCAAAAUGGUCUCAUGGUGCAAGAAGUAUACAUCAGUUUUAGUGAAGUUUUCCCAAUGUUUGUGGUCAUUAUCAAUCACUGGCUUAAUAAGAUAUUAAUAAAUACAUCCUCUUACGCAUUUAAGCCAAUAUGAAAACAUGCAUUUUUUGUCCCACUUCUGACCCUAAUGCUAGAAUGGGUGACAUGUUAUCAUGUGUUUCCAUCAAUGGCCUGGAAAGAUUAAUGUCUUUUCAGCUCAGCUGGUAAGAGUUCCCUUCUGGCAAUUCAAGAUCAUGCCUUUAAUUUUGAGCCUAGUUAUAAUUGGCAUCCCCCCCUCCUCCCCUGUGCAAUGUGUAAAGUUAUCUGCUUCAUUCCUUUCAUAACAUUGUUUUGUUUGUGUCUAAUGUAUUGAGUCUUUCAAACUAUCUGUGAAUAUAGAGAGAAAAAAUAACUGGCCAUGAAAAUACGAGUGAAUGUCAAGAAGUGUGUUAUAUUACCCUAGAUCUGAUCCGAAUGGUUUUCACUAUUCUAUUGUUUUGAAAUACCUGGUUUAUGAGGUCCAUUUAAAUAAUGUAUAGAGUGUAAUUUGUAUGGUCAUUGAAGCUCUUUUUGAAAAUUUCAUACACUUGAAGAAGUUUUUUUGCUUAGGGCCCCUAAGACUAGUAAGGUGUAUUCAGAGUUCAACAUUGUGAGGUCUCUGCUUGCUAUGGACUGAUGAUUCCCUUUGAAUAAUAUUGACCCGGUGUUCAAUAGAGCUCUGACUUUAUAAUUAAUUAUAAUAUCUAUAAAAAAUAUUGUUUCAUUAUUAUGUUGAAGUAUUAGUAUUAAGUAUAUUAUGACUAAUGUGGAAAAGAGCUAUAACAAAUUAUUAUUAUUAUUAUUAUUAAUAAAGAUCUAGUAGUUUCUCCACAUCUGUGGAUUGAAAUAUUUUUUGUGUUGAUAAGAGAGGUAAUAUUUUCAUAGGUUAUGUUGAGUUGUCUCUUGAGAUUUAUGCAGCUAAAGAAAUAGCCAACUUUUCUUAAAUCAAUUGGGCUUCUUAUUAAGCUGCAGCCCACUUUUUAUUCUAUGGAGAGAUGCUAAUAUUAAACAAGUUUAGUUUUCAAUAGUCAAUACUCUCAUUUUAAACCAAGUGCGAAUGCAGCCUAUGAAAAUAGUGUACCAGUUAAUGUAAAGUUUCAUGGUAAAUAACUGACCAUAUCAUUUCUUUUCAUUAUUGUGUUGUCUUUUUCCACUUCUAGUUUUGUACAUUAUCGAACUGCCAUGUUGUCUAGAAUGUAAUCAUCUGACAUUUAUAAAUAGUUUCUCAUCCAUUUUGCAAUCAAAAAAGUUUGACACAUUUUAUGUCAAGUUAAUUAUUCAGUUUGUGCGUUGAAGUUUGUCUAGAUGUAUCAGAUUAUGUCAGUCAAAUAUUACAAUUUGUUGUCAUUUAUGUGAAUUCCAGAAUAGGACAUGAAACAUUGGCUCUUUAAAGAAAGUGUUGCUUUUAAAUUGGUUCUUUCUUGAGUCAAAGUGUGUGUUUGAGCUAAUACAUAGAUUCAGUGUAUACUAUGUCACCAAGAAUCUAGAGGUCACAAGAUGAUGUGGUGCAAUGAAUGGGAUUGUGUGUUUGCUAAGAAAGUUGCCAUUGAUGGUAUGGUGCUAUUCUAGAUUAUUUUGUACUUGAUUCAAACAGGCUAAUGACUAUAUAAAAUAAUCUCCCUUUUCAUUUAUUUGUACUUUCUCAUAUUGAUGCUUUAGUCUAACAAUGACCUAUGACAGUGUAUAAAAUAAUCUUCCCUUUAAUUUAUAUCUACUUCGUUGAAUGCAUUUGAUCAAUGUAGAAUCCAUUCACCAUCUUGUAGUGUACUUAUUGCCUCAUUAUGACCCCACCACACAACAAAUGUCAUUUGAAAAUGUGUAUGUGGUCAUUCAGUGUGUGUGUGUUGUAUAAUUGCCUUAUUCUAAAAUGAACGACAUGCAAUACACAUGCAAAAGAUCUUUAUUAAACAUUUUUUGUUCCUAUGAGCCUGUAGCAAUAAAUGUAUAUUCCACUAACUUUUAAAGUGUGCCAAACAUUUGAUACAGUGUUGAAACAAUGGGAAGUGAGUGUUAGACACAUUUCAGUGUUUUGACAAUAGUGUGUAUGUAGAAUAUUGAGUAGUUUGAGUGUUUUGACAAUAGUGUGUGUAUAAAAUAUUGAGUGUGAGACACAUUUCAGAGUUUUGACAACAGUAUGUAUGUAUUUGUGUGUAUGUAUGUUUUUGUGUGUCUGUGGUAACUUUGGUUCAUUCCUUAAUGUAUAAACCAAUCAGAGCUCAGUGAAUGUAGGGGCGCUUAACCCCUGACCAUUCUUAGGUAUUUGCAUUUUUACUUUAAUAUGAUGUAAGUGUAAAUAGUUGCAUUGCAUAAUUUUUGUUUCAGUUUGUGUCUUGUCCAGCCAGGUUUUGAGAGAGAAACUUGUUUGUGCUGAUAUGAAUGUCUAUUUGGAAUAAAUGUUUGGUUCAUUCGGAAAGUACUAGUAUGAAUAUAUUGAGGCAAGGCCUGCAGUGUUUUCUUAUGAAUAAUUAUAGUUAAUGUGAUCUUAAACAAAUCCACUAUAAUCAGUUUUCCCAUACUGAAAGUGGAGUACUUCUUUUGUACUCCAGAAGAAUCUAAUUGAUGGGAUGAAGCAAGAUAUGUGGGAUGUUGAUUUUCUGGAAUAACAAAUUCUAUACAAAUAGGCUUCAAAUAGAAUUAUACAUUGCUUCGACAAAUAGUUGCUGUUGUGACGCAGGUACCCUGCUUUUCAGAGCCUAAACGAUGUCCAACUUAACACUGCUCCUGUUAGUUCUCAUGAUGUUGUGGAAGAAAUGCUGGCUAGUUUCAGAUUUGAUUUAUUUUUGUUGAAAGUAUGAAUGUCUAUAUUUUUUUAAGAUUUGAUCUUUGUACAAGUUUUAUUGAAAGUUUUUUAAAUGAAUUGUUAGUUUGUUCUGUGUAAAUAUAUUUUUAAUUUGGAGCCAAUGUGAAAGAGUCACUGGAGCUCAGGCUGAAAGGCUCACAACAUGUGAAGGUAUAUAUGUAUAUAAUGUUGUAUUAGUUCCAUCUUUGAAAUUAUUUGUUUGUUUCAUUUCUUUUGUGAAUUGGGCAAAUUGUUCUUGACAUCAUGUACAAUAAAAAUAUGAAAAGAUGAA